AUGGAUCAUAUCAGUGAAAAGGGUUUCUUGGAUGAAGACUACGAGGAGGCGCGAUGGCGAGAAAAAGAGCGAAAAACACAAGAUCUACCGAUCGAAUAUUGGACCAUACAGAAAUUGGUAAAAUUCAUGAAAAUCGGCAAUCAAGUGGUGACCAAUGCCUGUCUGUGCUGCAUUCGAGACUAUGAUUUAACAAAGCAACUGAAUCAGCGUGCGAUUUUUUCGAUUGGUGGCCUUGAGACGCUGGUCAAUUUGUGCAAAAUCAAUGAUUUAGUGUGUCGUUUCGGCACACUGUACGUACUGCGGGAGAUGUCAACGAAUAUCGACAUGCGAAGGUACAUGGUCGACAUGAACGUAAUCGAAUCACUUUGCAAGAUUGUUACCGAACCAUUGCACGAUAUAAAAUGUUUGGCAAUUGAUAUUUUGGGCAUUUUGGCAAACAUUCAACCGGCCCGACGAAUCAUUCACGAAUCAGACGUCGUUAACAAAAUCAUCGACGGUUUGAAUUUCGACCGAAGACUUUUACAAAAAACCACAGAGGAAAUGACCGCAAAAGAAGCCGUUUUCAUCGAUUUAGCGGUGUCAGCGUCGAAAGCAUUGAGUACAAUAUUGAGUUCACUGAGAAUUCUUACGGAUGCUAAGAAGGGUGGCCUAAUUCUCAGCAUUAGCGAACUGUUGAAAACAGUGCAAGUGCCAUUGAUUCGUGCCGUGCUGCGAUUGUGUAAUGUUUGUUCGCAUGAUAUUGUCAUCCAGCUGGGAUUGGAAACAGAGCUAGUGAUUGUUGAUGUGACGAAGCAAUUGGCGUCGAAGGAUCAAGGCCUGUUGACAGAUGCCUGUGGAAUCGUGGCACAAUGCGGCAAAAGUCCGAAAACAAGCAAACUAAUCCAGAAGAAUCAUGGACUCAAGCAGAUUGUGAACAUUUUAUCAGGUGAAGAUUAUUGGCAAAAUAACGAUUUGAUGCUGGCAGGCACAGCCGCCGCUUAUACAUGUGCAACACAUCGAAACAAUGCUCAGCAAUUCAACAAAUUGCGUGUAUUGCCGCUCUUAACCAAAUUUCUCUCGAUGAGUUUCAACGAUGACAUUCUGGCGAAUGUCUGCGGUUUCGCUUCUCAGCUGCUGUACGAAAAAAAACUCGUCGACAUUUUUCUCCAGGACGAUGCAUUGAAAGUGAUUUUGGAUUUUUUCUACAUCGAACACGACACGCUACGCAUUGAAUAUUGUCACGUUCUAACGAAGGUAUGCAAAUACCCAGCAUACGCACAACAAAUGCGAACAUUGGAUGGAAUCACAUUUUUGUGGUCAUUGUUACGAAGUGAAAAUCCACAUGUUCAAACAGCUGCAUCGAAUGCAUUGUGCGAGUAUCUGCAACAUGAUGACGGAAAUGAUUCGGCGGAGUAUCUUCGGAAACUAGAUAAUGGACUGGAACUAGUAGCAAGCUCACUGAAAUCUAAAAACGAAACCACAUUGAAUGCCAUUUGCUCACUCAUUGUCGAAAUCGCCAAAGACACCUAUAAUCUCGCUAUAUUGACCCAAUAUCAAGUGGUUCCAUUGCUUGCUGACUUGAUACACACAGAAAAUAAAAAAAUUGAAGAGAAAGUGACAGCUGCCAUUGCUGCUUGCACACCGUACGCGGAGAAUGCGAAACAAUUCGGUGAACUGAAAGUGAUUCGAUUGAUUGUCAACUUGGUCACUUCGGAUAAUAAAAAUGUUCGACGAGCUGCCGCAAUGGCAUUAGCCAAAUUAUCCGCUUAUCCAAUCAACGCCAUUCUAAUGUACCAAAGUGGCGUUGUGCCCGUACUGCUCGAAGACAUUCUCUCGGACGAUGCUGUUCUGAGACAUGGAGCCGCAAAUUGCCUGCGCAAUUUGAGAGAGUUGACACUGGAAGCGGAACAGUUUUUGAUGAUGAAAUUACCGAAACAACAUUAA